CACCCCCGGCACGGCUGAGGGGGCGCGCGGUGCACGCCGGGACGGCAGCGCGCGCCGCGGCCGGGAGGAGGCGGAGGAGCCAAGAUGGACGCCGGGUUCUUCCGCGGAACCAGUGCAGAGCAGGACAAUCGCUUCAGCAACAAGCAGAAGAAGCUGUUGAAGCAGUUGAAGUUUGCAGAAUGCUUAGAAAAGAAGGUGGACAUGAGCAAAGUAAAUCUGGAAGUAAUCAAACCAUGGAUAACAAAACGAGUAACAGAAAUCCUUGGAUUUGAAGAUGAUGUAGUAAUUGAAUUUAUAUUCAACCAGUUGGAAGUGAAGAACCCAGAUUCCAAAAUGAUGCAAAUCAACCUGACUGGUUUUUUGAAUGGGAAAAAUGCUAGGGAGUUCAUGGGAGAACUGUGGCCAUUGCUAUUAAGUGCACAAGAAAACAUUGCUGGUAUUCCAACUGCAUUUCUGGAACUGAAGAAAGAAGAAAUAAAACAACGACAGAUAGAGCAGGAGAAACUGGCUUCCAUGAAGAAACAAGAUGAAGACAAAGAGAAGAGAGAUAAGGAAGACAAAGACAACAGAGAGAAAAGAGACAGAUCCAGGAGUCCAAGAAGACGCAAGUCCCGCUCUCCCUCCCCACGGCGGCGGUCGUCGCCCGUGCGCCGAGAGCGGAAGCGCAGCCACUCGCGCUCCCCCCACCACCGCACCAAGAGCCGCAGUGCCACCCCUGCCCCUGAGAAGAAAGAGGCCACUCCUGAGCCAGAGCCCUCCGUGAAACCAAAGGAGACUGUUGUGCAAGAGGCAGCUUCAAACAGUGAUAUCCCAAAAGCUCCUAAACCUGAACCACCUGUACUAGAGACUAAGGAAACUUCACCAGAACGUAAUUCAAAGAAGGAGAGGGAGCGGGAGAGGGAGAGGGAGAAGGAGAAGGAGAAGACUCGUCAGAGAUCCCCAUCUCGGUCCAAGUCCAGGUCAAGGUCCCGGUCCCGUUCUCCAUCUCAUUCUCGACCCAGAAGGCGCCAUAGAUCACGGUCAAGGUCUUACUCCCCUAGAAGGCGACCCAGCCCGCGGCGCCGGCCGUCCCCGCGCAGGAGGAGCCCACCCCGGAGGAUGCCUCCCCCACCCAGGCACAGGAGGAGCAGAUCCCCCGUCAGGCGGAGAAGACGCUCCUCAGCCUCGCUGUCCGGCAGCAGCUCCUCCUCAUCCUCAUCGCGCUCCCGCUCUCCACCAAAGAAACCUCCCAAGAGACCCGUGUCCAGCCCCCCCCGCAAAACGCGCCGGCUGUCCCCCUCUGCCAGCCCCCCCCGGCGCCGCCACCGGCCCUCGCCCCCCGGCAGCCCCCCGGCCAAGCUGCGCCGCUCGCACCCCCAGCAGUCCAACCGCGCCCGCAAGAGCCGCGGCUCCGUCUCGCCCAGCAGGGCUUCAGCACCCAAACAUAAGAGUACUGAGAAAAGAGAGUCUCCUUCGCCAGCACCCAAGCCCAGGAAAGCAGAAUUGUCGGAAUCAGAAGAAGACAAAGGAGGCAAAAUGGCUGCAGCAGAUUCUGUCCAACAGAGGCGCCAGUACAGGAGGCAAAAUCAACAGUCUUCAUCUGAUUCUGGUUCUUCAUCUUCCUCAGAAGAGGAGAGGCCCAAGAGGUCGAACGUGAAGAACGGGGAGGUGGGCAGGCGCCACCGGCACUCGCACUCACGCAGCCCCUCGCCCUGCAAGCGCCAGAAGGAUUCCUCCCCUCGGAUGCAGAUAGAAAAGAGGUGGCAAUCACCAGUGAUGAAAAGCAGGAGGAGGAGGAGCCCCUCGCCGCCCCCCGCGCGCCGGCGCCGCUCCCCUUCCCCGGCGCCCCCGCCCCGGCGCCGCCGCUCCCCAUCCCCGCCUCGCCGAAGGUCUCCAUCACCACCCCCACGCAGACGUUCUCCCUCUCCACGGAGAUACUCCCCCCCGAUCCAGAGGCGAUAUUCCCCAUCUCCCCCUCCCAAGAGGAGAACAGCUUCUCCUCCUCCCCCUCCCAAAAGAAGGGCCUCCCCUUCCCCCCAGUCCAAGCGCAGAGUCUCCCACUCCCCACCGCCAAAACAGAGGAGCUCCCCUACUGCGAAGCGGCGCUCCCCUUCCGUAUCUUCCAAGCACAGGAAGGGGUCUCCUCCCAGCAGAUCCAACAGGGAAACACGUUCUCCACCACAAAACAAAAGGCAUUCACCUUCACCACGGCCUCGAGCUUCCCACCCCUCCUCCAGCCCUCCCCCGCCGCGCCGGGGAGCGUCAGCAUCACCGCAGAGGAGACAGUCACCCUCACCCAGCAGCAGGCCCAUCAGGAGGGUGUCCAGAACGCCAGAACCCAAGAAAACAAAGGCUUCCACCCCCAGCCCCCGGCGCGUGUCCUCGUCCCGCUCUGCGUCAGGGUCGCCUGAGACAGCUCCCAAAAAACACCAAGGACCUGCAUCUCCUGCCCGCUCUCGCUCUCCUUCUGCAAACUGGUCACCUGCAAAAAAGGCCAAGAGCCCAACUCAGAGCCCAUCACCUGCCAGGAAUUCAGAUCAAGAAGGUGGUGGCAAGAAGAAGAAGAAAAAGAAGGAUAAGAAGCAUAAAAAGGAUAAAAAGCACAAGAAACACAAAAAGCAUAAGAAGGAGAAGGCAGCAGCAGCUGCAGUAACUGCUGCUGUGGCUCCAGCAGACACCACCUCAGCACAGGGAGAGCAGGAAGCAGAGACAGAACCCAAAAAGGAGACGGAAAGUGAACCCGAGGACAACCUGGAUGACCUCGAAAAGCACCUGCGGGAGAAGGCCCUGAGGUCCAUGAGGAAGGCGCAGGUGUCCCCCCCCUCCUAGGCCAACCCUUUGAUAUAAUGUACAUUUUAUUUGGUUUGUACUCAGAAUUCAAUUUCAAAUUGCUAAAUGUGUUUGAGCUUUAGAAUAUAACAUUUGUUGUAAUAAUUGCUAGGUUGAGGUUCACCAUGUACAAAGGGCAUGGAUUUACAUUACAAAAGGUGUCCACAGUGUACUAGUGACAUUCUUUCAUUGACAGCAUAAUUUCAUUUAGAGUGAGACCUUUUAGAAGCAGUAGGAAUUUGUUUUGGAGGUUUGAAACAUGACCGUCAGUUCCCUCAUUUCUUUGAAAUCCAGCAGAGCCUUGAGCAGAAUUUGUGAGGGGCUCAUUUGACUUCUUUUGUAUCACUUACAUGAUGCUACUAACCUUUGUGGUUUGUAGGCUUGCCCAGGAGUAAAACCACUGCAGAAUUCAAGGAAGUACAUCUCUAUUUUAAUGCUUUCUACUGUUGCCUGUAUAGUCUCCAUUAAAGCCAAUCAAGAAUAGCAAUUUAGAGUGGUACAUAAAUGAAAGCAUGUUGUUUACCAGGACACUGUGGGUUUAUAUUGAUGUAACAUGUUGAUUUGGAACACUGGAAUUUCAUUUGUAUUUUUAUGUUCUUUUUUUAAAGGGCAGUUUCCAUGAUCAGCAGACCCAGAAAAAAAAUAAUAAUUCCUUCAGUUCCAUAAAUUUUGUUUGUGAGCUGUCGUUGCCCCAUUCAUAAAUCUUGUCUCGUUACGGUUCUUCGGAAUGGUCUGAGCAACUUUCAGAGCUGUGUUCUUUGAAAGUUUAGAGGAACCUGAACUUUGGAUAUUGUCAUGUUUUCACUGUUCUUUGUUUUUGUUUUUUUAACUAAAGCUAUAUAAAGCUUGUGGAUUAAACAAAAUAAAUUUCUAAAUUUAAACAGA